ACACGCACACGCAUCACGCGUGCGUACGCACGCGACUCUCGCGGCGUGUGUGCUGCGAGUGCUCACGUUAUUGUGAUCGUGACGAUGUGUGUGGCGUAUAACGAUAUUAUGGUAAUGCGACACGUUGCUGCGAGAAUCGUUGCAAAAUUAUGCGCGACAUUAACUCGUCGUUAAAAAAAAAAGACAUUGCCGCACUUGCGUGACUGCACACAAGUGCCUGCGAAACGACACUCUCGCGGAUGAAAAACAUCUGGGAUAACAAUCGGAUCAGCAAAAUUGUUCGUAGCAUUGUUGUGUACAAUACUUGUGAUGUAUGAAUAAAACAAAAAUGGAUAUUACGCUGGACGACAAGCUGAAUGUGCUGCAGCAGAUAAGUCAAAGGAAACUUGUCGAGAUAUUGGAUAACAUUCCAGGAACAAAGGAUCUGAUAAUAGAACAAAAACUUAUGAAAGUGCUGGACAGCUUCGUAGGCAUGACUGUGCUAAAGAGAUACGGAGUGGACAAAAUAUACAAAAUGGAGGAAGGACUGAAACCAUCGAAUACUCAACGUAUAUUUUUAGUAUCCAAUAAUUUGAUCACAUGUAAAAGGGUUCUUGAUCAAAUACAGUCCGAGGUGUCCCACAUUAACAGGCCUCACGUCACUGUGUGUCAUCAUUUGCUGGUCAUGCCAUUUGUCCCACCUGUUUUACACAAUCUCGUUGAGGAAGAAGGUUUGUCUGGACUGGUUGCACUGCAGACGUUGUCCACAGAAUUCGUAAAAUUAGACGGCAAUGUUUUAUCAUUGGAAAAUCCAAUGUUUGUCGAUUUAUAUUAUCACAAGGAUACCAGUCUUCUGCGAGUACUGGCGCGCAGCUUGUGGUCGUUGCAACUGAUACUCGGCUCUCCGAGACUCUCGCUCUUUUUUGGCAAACACAGCCAGCAGGUGGGCAAGCUGAUGGAAUCGAUAGAGCAAUGCCUGGGCACGUCUAGUUUGGAAAACGAAGUUGGCGCCCUGAUUGUCAUGGACAGAAGUUUCGAUCUGGUCACGACUCUUUUAACACCGGUGAUAUACACGGGCUUGUUGCACGAGAUGAUCGAAGUGAAUGUCGGCACAGCAGUAUUGGGAAAAUCGCAAACUAAAUUGGACCCGUACAAAGAUCACAUCUAUGGAGAAGUGAGAGAUGCUCCUUGCAGCGAUGUUUUUCCGAUCUUACACGGCAAGGCCAAGUCACUUAAAUCUGAACAGGAAGCUAUACAACUGAUGAAGUUGGCCGAGAUGGAAAGAUAUGUGUCAACGAGACUGCAAAAAUCCAGGGACACGACGCGACAAUUGGCAUUUCACAUAUCCGCAUGUCAGACCAUUGCCGAUAGCUUGGGUUCCGAAUUUCAAGCCUUGCAGACGAUCGAGAGACUAAUGCUCGAUUGUAGGGAUAGAAAGGAAUGUUUGAGCUAUAUCGAGAGAAAUAUAGACGAGCACGAAUUACGAUGUUUGCGUCUUUUGUGCCUGUUAUCUAUUACCACGGAUGGUAUCACGCAGACCGAGCUUCAAAAUAUUCAAAAACUACAUCUCCACACGCAUGGUUAUCAGCAGAUUCCGUUGUUCUAUAAAUUGCGCACAGUUGGUUUGUUAAAAUACAGAACUGAAAAUAUUUUAAACAAAUUGCCGAGCAGGACCAGCGAAUGGAGUAGCAACGCACAAAAAUUGAAGCUAUUGCCCGGUUAUUCCAAGCGGUCCGAUCAGAACAGUCGUACUUGUCCGAGUUAUGUGUUCAGUAACACUUAUAUGCCUUUUGUAGCGCAAAUAUUAAACAUUAUAUCCAAUCAAGAGAAAGAUACUCGCAGUUUUGAGGAUUUGACUAAUUUAUCGGGCUGCGUUGUUAACGGUCAACGUGGAGUGUUAUCACCGAAGACAAUCGUGAUCUGCGUCAUAGGAGGUAUCACCUGUGCAGAGAUAGCGGCGUGCCGGCUUAUAGAAAAGUCCACAGGAAUACGUCUGGUUCUUGCGUCAGACACUAUUCUAACCGGCAACAAACUUAUUAAGAAAAUACAAGAAAUAUGAAUCUCACUGUGAUCUGAAAUGUUCACACACAAGUGUAUGCACUUUUUUUUAAUAAACUAUAUAAUAAAAAUA